UUUUACCUCUUGUUUCACAUUUGUGGUGAUCUUUUUCUCCCUUUGUCAUUCAAGUCAGACAUUCGAAACCUAUAUUAUAUGCACAUGGAACUUAGUUUUAUUCUGAAUUUAUGUUAAUGUAAUUUACUUUGUCGGAAUGUUAUAUCGAUCUACUUAAAUGUUCUAAUAUCAUUUAUGUUUCCUGAAAGAAAUGGAUUUAACGGAUUUUCUGAAAGAACAUUUGUUGUACGUUGUAUUGGUUGGAGUCGGAAUAAUAUUGGUUAUCGCAAUAAUCACCACUGUAUGUUGCUGUUAUCUGAAACGAAAAAAACGCAGGAGGGCGGAACACGACGUGGAUGUGGAAAACAGGGAUCGAGUUACCAGUCUGGCCAUAAAUAAUGUAGAUAACCUCGCAUGUUAUAAUGAUGAUGGUGAGAUAUCAAGCAACGGUUUUCCUGAAACGGUUAAAGUUCGUCAGGAAUCCAAAUUAGAGUAUGAAAUUACACAGGCAGUUUCUGAUGAUAACGCAAAGGACGAUUCGCCAGCUGUAAGUAGAAGCAUCCAGAAAGAAGCAUCAGAAGUAAAGCUUGAUAAAAAUAGCCAUGAUUCAAUAUAUCAAAGGAGUAACAAUAAUGCACAGUUGGACGAUGAAUCUGGAACGCGCAAUAAAGAGUGCGAUUUUGAUAUACAAACCAACGAAGAGAUGGACCAUGACUACGACACAGGUGAUCCUGAUUACGAUGAUGGUGAAUCAACCGUGAUUUACGAUGAUGCUGACAUGUUGUCAGAUGAUGAUACCGGAACAAUUAAACCACCUGCAGUGUCGGAGAACGAUUACGAUUACGGCUAUCAUGAUAAACGUCCGUCAAAGACCGUGUCUGCCUAUAAUACAUUUGAAGACAUAAGGAAAAUGAGGAAAUUUUCGGAAGCAGAUGAUAACUUGGAUGCCAAAGAGGAGGAUUACGAUCACUUAGAGAUGUCUGUCAGAAAUGAGCGUAUGCACACAUCAGACCGAGAGGCGUACUCCACAAUGAAAUAUAUCCGCACGAUGUGUGAAAGUGACCAUCUACAAGGAGGAACAUCAUAUGUCGACGCAGAUGAAACAUACAACACCCUGGAAUCAGAGCAAACCAAUAUCGAUCGAUUGUCCCACCCCGAUUAUAACCGAGUAACAAUUGGUGACAAAAUAAAUAUAGAGACUAAUAAUUAUUUUUCGCAAAGUAAACAUACACGUAUGAAACGGGUAAAUGAAUGUAAUGGUAAACAUCAAAGCAUUAACCACAAAUUUAGUACUAUUCCAGUUGAACGAAUCGAUCAAAGUGCUGAACAGGCAAUCGAGUCAGAUGACGAUUAUCCGUUCUGUGAAAUACAGGAGCAUGCACAAAAAGAGGAAACCGACAAUUUACAAGAACAUCGGACUGGUGACAAAAACGAUGAUACGAAUGCAAACGUUACCAACGAUAUUCAAAAUAAUCGAUCGGCUUUUUAUGAGAUAACGGUUGACAAAGACACAAUUUACGAAGAGGUCAGUGAAAGUAGUGCAGAGGUCAGUGAAAGUAGUGACACAGAGUGUAACAAGAAAUGGACUGUAGUCACAACACAACCUACUUUUGAACCUGUGAAUAAAGAAAACUCUCUAACGAAACACAAUUUUGCAAUGGUUCACACCGAUGUGAAAACGCAAAAUCCUGAAACAGGAAAAAGCGUUCAGAAGAACGGUCAAACAGGAAGAUUAAUGACAAAAGAUAGAAAGUUACACGAUUACGAGGAAUUUGAGAUAUCAUAUAAAUGAUGUUGUUCUAGUUACUUAAACGGCAUUUUAUGUUCGUUAUAAAAUAGUGAUACACAGUAGGACUUAUAUGGAAAAUGUGUAUGUUUUGCUGAUUUACUUACAUAUUAAGGCUCGAUUGUUCAAACGGCUUUAAAUUACAUGGCGACGAUCGGGGUCAAACGUUUACAUAUAAUAAAACUUGUUUUACAUUACGUUUUUUAUAUUCAUCGUGACAUUUGUAGAAUGCAUUUUGUUAACGCAUCCACAGUUUCUUUAUUUCCCGUGAUAAGUAUGUUUGCCCUAUGGACAGACAUGAAUAAAACAGACAAAGGCAAGACAUUUGCACGAUUUCGAGGGAAGUUGUUUUCAUUAGACUUAUAAACGGGCAUUUAAACUAAUCUUUACGGACACAGUAGUAUUAAUUUAAUAUGUGCCGAAUUUUCCCAUAUCGUCGUGUGUUUGUAAAAUAUACAGGAUGGGUUCGAUUUUUAAUUUAUAGAAAAUGGGUUACUUUGCAAUAUAAAUAAUUAACUUCAUGUUUCUUUAUGUACAUGUUCAUACAGGAUCGUUUGAAACAACAUUAAUUUAUACAAUUGUGAUGACGAUAUGAUAAUUGUGAAAUUGUUUUUUAUCUUUAUUAUGCUAUGCCCGUAAUAAAACUUUUGUUGAGUCGAGUCGUCAA